CUAUUUCGACAUUAUUAACAACAACAGCAACUAAUGUACAGUUCUUGAUUCAUGAUGUACAUAUUGAAGACUCUGAUUACACUCGUUGGUACUCGACAAGUAAAAAUAAACAAGGUACUUUAUUCGAUUUGGGUUCUAUUACAUAUGGUCAAAGCAAAGAUUUACUUAUUCCAUAUUCUCAUCAACUGUCGACUCAAUGUAACUUCACUUUGACAUAUAACAAUGCACGAAACAUUAAGAAAACUAUUGAAUUUCAAGUGUCGAACAAUCUUCAACAGGCUAAUCCAAAUCUAAUCCGUCAACAGAAAUUUCGUUUACAAUUUGUUCAUUCAGUACGGACAGCAUUAGAACACAUGCGUCAAAUAAAAACAAACGUAACAGAAGACAAACAGGAACAUGAAGAAGCAAUCAACCAAAUUGAAAAAUUAGAAAACGAUAUGAAGAGUUAUGCAGAUGGAACAGAUAAAUAUAUUAAAGAUUUAUUUAGUGAUUUAACAGGACAAGUAAAAGAAGCUAUUGGAAAAAUGGAAUGGUUCAAAAAAUGGGGUGUACAUUUUUUGCCUAGUUUAACACGUGCACAUCUUCUUCAAUUUUGUAACAAUUUUAAAGAUCCAGGUGUUCAACAUUACGGAAAGGGUUUACUUUUCUCACAAAUACGAGAUGAAAUGGAUGAUAUAUUUUGUAGUUUACCAGCUCCAAAACGUACGGAGACUGAUGCUACCAUAGAUAUGUCAGUUUUUCAUAAUGCAUCUGCUGGAUGUUUUUAUGGAGAAUGUACUGUACGUCUUAUGAAUGGUUCUUUGAAAUUAGUAAAAGAUGUUCAACCUGAUGAUCGAUUAGCACCACAUGGUGGAAUGGUAAAAUUUGUUGUGAAAACAAUAUGUAAAAAUCGAAAAGCUAAAAUGGUUAUAGUUGAAAAUAACUUAAUUAUUACUGCUUGGCAUCCUAUUCGCGUGAAUCAACAAUGGAUUAUGCCUUGUACACUUGUCUCAUCACCCAAUGAGAUUUUCUGUGAAGCUGUAUAUAAUUUUGCACUCGAUCAAGGUCAUACAGUAUUAGUAAACGAUGUUGAAUGUGUCACUUUAGGUCAUGGAUUUCAAGAAGAUAUUGUACGUCAUGCAUAUUAUGGAAGUCAACGAGUAAUUAAAGAUUUAGAGAAGUUGAAUAUGCAACAAAACAAUGGAGGAAUAAUUGAAAUUACUGAGAAAAUGUUACAACGUAAGAAUAAAACUGGUCUUGUAAAUGGAUUACAGUGGCAAGAAAUAUUAGUUCAAUGA